GCAGGCUGGAGCCUCCGAAGAGAAGGCGCGGAAGCCCAGCCGGCCUCCCCGCCCGCGUCCGAUGCCUCCGCGGCCUCUCUCCCCACCCUUCCGGCCCCUCCUCGGGACGCCGCCCCGCAGCCGGACGAGGAGUCCGGAGAAGGGGCAGCUGGAAAGGGGCCGGCAGCUUCUGCCCUCAGCCCCUCAAGGGUUAAGGGCGCCGAGCGCCGCUUCCUAGAGAGCACCCUUGUGCAUUUCACCAAGGAAGACAUGACCCUGCUGGAUGCAGGUCAGAGGCCCUGCGCAAGGGAGCUGCAGUGAGGAAUUAAGUUACGUGGCCUCCCUGAGUGAACGUCUUUUUCCUUUCCUUGAAAAAGCUGGGGAUGUAUGAGAGAAAACAAAUAUCAGAGCAUAUCAAGCACCCAAGGAAAGCAAGGCAGAAAGAAAUGAAAUAAAAAUAGAAAGAAAUUCAUCGCUUGUCUGGAGGUUGAUCUCCAUAGGAUUACAGUACAGCGAAAAGCACUUAAGGAAGACAAACGCAGAAAAUGCCUUGUGUUUGGAAAAGAGGCUUGAUGACAUAUUAACAGGCAUUGGGCAAUCGAGAGAAUGGAGAAAAGAUACAAAUGCCUUGAGUGUGGAAAAAGCUUCAAGCAGAGUAGAGUACUAAUCUCCCAUCAAAGAACACACACAGGGGAGAAGCCGUUUAACUGUCUGGAGUGUGGGAAAGCAUUUAGUCAAAAGGGGGCACUUACUAUCCAUCAAAGAAUUCACUCGGGGGAGAAACCAUUUAAAUGCCUAGAAUGCGGAAGGAGUUUCUCCCAGAGUGGUGCCCUUCAAGUUCAUCAAAGAACUCACACAGGGGAAAAGCCAUUUAAAUGUCUGCAGUGUGGAAAAUGCUUCAGACAGGCUUCAAUCCUUAAUUCCCAUCAAACUACUCACACACAGGAGAAACCGUAUAAAUGUCUGGAGUGUGGAAAGAGCUUCAGUCAGGCCUCUCUGCUUAAUUCCCAUCAAAGAAUCCACACAGAUGAGAAACCAUAUAAAUGUUUGCAUUGUGGAAGGAGCUUCAGACAGAACUCAACUCUCAUUUCCCAUCAAAGAAUCCACACAGGAGAGAAACCAUUUCAGUGCCUGGAGUGUGGAAAGAGCUUUAACCGCAAGUUUGACCUUACUGCACAUCAAAGAAUUCACACAGGAGAGAAGCCAUUUGAAUGUUUACAGUGUGGAAAGAGAUUCCGUCUCAAGCCAAGCCUGACUAGUCACCAGAGAAUUCAUGCAGAGGAGAAUGCAUUUAAAUGUCUGGAGUGUGGAGAGAGCUUUAGACAUAAGUAUGGCCUCAUUUCACAUCAGAUAAUUCAUACAGGAGAGAAACCAUUUGAAUGUUUGCAGUGUGGAAAGCAAUUCAUUCAUAGGCAAAGCUUUACUAGUCAUCAGAGAAUUCACACUGGAGAGAACCCAUUUAAAUGCAUAGAGUGUGGAAAGAGGUUCAGACGGAAAGACAGCCUUAUCUCCCAUCAAAGAAAUCACACAGGAGAGAAACCAUUUCAGUGUUCACAGUGUGGAAAGAGCUUCAAUCGCAGGCACAGCCUUACUAGUCACCAAAGAACUCACACAGGAGAGAAACCAUUUACGUGUCUGCAGUGUGGAAAGAGCUUCAGGCAGAAGGGUGCCCUGAGAGCCCAUGAAAUAAUUCACAUUGGGGAAAAACUGUAUAAAUGUCUGGAGUGUGGCAAGAGGUUCAGGCGCAAGUAUGCCCUUAAUUCCCAUCAAAGCAUACACACUGGGGAGAAACCCUAUCAGUGCUUGGAGUGUGGGAAGGGAUUCUGCCAGAGCAGCGCCCUCAAUUGCCAUCAGAGAAUCCACACAGGGGAAAAACCCUAUCAGUGCCCAGAGUGUGGGAAGAGCUUCAGUCUGAAACCCUCCCUUACUUUACAUUUAACUACCCACACUGGGGAGAAGCCAUUUAAGUGCUCAGAGUGUGGGAAGAGCUUCAGCCGGAAGGCAUACCUUUCCUUACAUCAGGUAACUCAUGCAGGGGAGAAACCAUACAAAUGCUUGGAAUGUGGGAAGUGCUUCAGUCUAAAACCAGCGCUUGCAUUACAUCAAACUACUCACACAGGAGAAAAGCCAUACAAAUGCACAGUGUGUGGCAAGCGCUUCAGUCGGAGGGCCUAUGUUUCUUUGCAUCAAAGAAUUCACACAGGGGAGAAACCGUUUAAAUGUCUGGAGUGUGGGAAGAGCUUCAAUCGAAGGGAGUACCUGACAUCACAUCUAAAAACUCACAGGGAGACAUCUUCGGAAGAGGAGGAAUCUGAUUCUUCAAAUGAAUCCUCUUCUGAGGUAGACCUGCAGCAACCUGAGAACUGUGCCUCAUCUGAACUUCCAAACAACCCUUUCCAACAUGUCCAGAACCCUGAUGUGCUUCCAAACUCUCCUUCUACCACCAAUGGCUCCCAAGCAGACCAGUGGCAAUGCAUCCGGUGGGACGCUCAGAGCCAUGGUAGCAGAACCCACCUAACUCCCAGAACCCCCUUUUGCCCAAGGGAUAUGCAUGAGGAAGUGUCGGCUCAGGAACAAGGGCCAACGUAUGAGGAGGAAGGCCCAGCUGUGAUUGCCAAUGAGAGAGAUUCAGCUGCACUUGCCGAACCCAGCUCAGACGUAUGUGUACUGUCAGUUUACCCCAGACUGUUUCUUGGUUAACAGCUCCCUCAGACCUAUCGGACUCUAAUUAUAAGUUUGAGGCAGGAAAAACUUAGUAUUUAUAGUAUAAAGGGAGCUUGGGACAUGCUCACAUCUUUACAUCAAAGAAGCUUCAUGGUGCAAAUGAUUUGAAUGUUUUGGCAUAAGUAUACCGAGGGAGAUUAAGAGCAAGGUGUGGUUAAUCACAUCAAAUAAUCUCAGUAAGAGUGAAUCAGUAGGAAUGCUCUUAAUACCGAUAAAAUUGAACUUAAUAGGCUCCAGGAAAUUCACACUGGGGAAAAGCCCAAGAAAAUGUUCUGGCUGUUUUACGCUCUUUUGGAAUAGGUCAAAAGUUAUACACAGGUGUGUACACACAGGUGGGUGUCAUACACAUAGACACACUAUCUUGCAGAGAUUGAAAUACAUUUUUAAUAGCUAGAAAUUUUAUUUCCAAUGAAUUAAUCCUUGUGGAAGGGAAAGCAUAAUGAAAGGCAGGGGGUUGUAAAUGAAUGUAUAUUAGAGAGCUUGUAUUAAUGAAAAUGAAAUGCUAGGAAGUGAGAAAAAGUCACCUGCUACAAGGAACUGAUCAAUAUCUCAAAAACUACACUGAGAGCCAGUGUGGUGUAGUGGUUAAGAAUGCGGGACUGGGACUCAGACAAUCUGGGUUCUAGUCCCACUCAGCCAUGGAGCCAACUGGGUGACUUGGGGCCAGUCACAGACUCUCAGCCCAACCUACCUCACAGGGUUGUUGUGGGGAUAAGAUGGAGGAGGAGAAUGAUGUAAGCUGCUUUGAGCCCUUUGUAGGAAAAAGGCAGGAUAUAAAUUGAUAGAUAAAAAAUUGUCUUCCUUUUCAAGUAAAGACUUCCAGCCUCUGAAAAAAGAUAAAUGGUGGGAAUUUUGAACUAUGAGGACAUAAAACCCCUUUUGGCAUGUACUACUUCCAUUUUUAAAUUUUACUGCUUUUCAGAGCCUUUUAAACUUAAUUCUUUUGUUUAGUAAAGGCCACAUGUUAAAUGCAGUCCUUGACAUAUAAUAUUUUGCGGCAUUUUAGAAUGUAUUUUAUUCUUUUUCCAUAGGUAUUGAUCUAUAUUUGCUUUUUAUGUAGAAUUUUAAACAGAUUUUACCUUGUUUUGUCUUCAGAUAUGGUAUUCAGACUAAUUCAAUAAAUUAUAUUCUGUGUUGGAGAA